GCUGAUAUUCUCCGCUGAACGUUUUUGUCGUCUCUCCUCAGACCGUGGCAGAGUGGUCGGCGGUCUGCCUGACGUGGUCACCAUCAUGGAGGAGAAGUCUCUGAGCCUGACCUGCACCGUGUGGGGCGAGCCGACCCCCGAGGUCACCUGGUUCAAGAACGAGCAGGAGGUCGCCUGCACCGAGCACACCAAGGUCACGUUCGACGGCGGCAAGUUCGCCAGCCUCGUCAUCAACAAAGUCACCCCCGACGACUCCGGCAAGUACAGCAUCAACGUGCGGAACAAGUACGGUGGCGAGUUCGUCGAGAUCACCGUCAGCGUCUACAGGCACGGCGAGCAGAUUCCCGAGCCCAAAAUGGGACAGCCCAAAACGCCUGCUGCCACACCUGCCGCCACGCCCGCCGCCACGCCUGUGCCCAA